AUGCAACAACUAGAUAUUGACACUGCUCAAACUAAUCCAAAUAGACAGAUACGAGAAAGGAUGAGUUUUCGGAUUUAUCUUCGUACUUUCUGGAUGGAUUAUCUUUUAAUGGCUAUAUUAGGAGCACUUGCUCUAGGCGUUAAUAUCCUUGGGCCUGCAUCGAAUCGUAUUUUUCCUGUUUAUUUUCGUAAUGGUGAAAUAGUUAAUCCAGAAUUUAGUUAUCCAUUUAGAAAAAAUAUUAUUCCAUCAUGGUUAGCUGGUUUCUUAGCAUUUAUUGUUCCAUUUAUAUUUAUUAUGUUAAUGCAAAUACGCAUAAGAAGUUUGAAUGAUGUUAAUACAGCAACAAUGGGUUUAAUUUUUUCAUUAUUAUCUACUACUGUUUUUCAAGUAUUUAUCAAAUGGCUUAUUGGUGGUUUAAGACCAUAUUUUUUUUCUGUUUGUAAACCAAAUAUCAAUGUAGCAAGUGUUGGUACUGGACAAGGUUUUUAUGGUUUGAUGUUUGACCGUUCAAUAUGUACAGGUGAUAAGAAAGAAAUUGAUUAUGCAUUAGAAACAAUGCCAUCCGGACAUUCAGCAAUAGCGUUUUCUGGUUUUCUUUACUGUUCAUUGUAUCUUAAUGGUAAAUUAAAAAUUUUUGCUAAUUAUCGUCCACAAUAUUGGAAAUUUGUUCUUUUUUUUGCUCCAAUACUUGGUGCUGUUCUUAUGGCUGGUUCAUUAACACUUGAUUAUUAUCAUCACGGGUAUGACAUUUUAGCAGGUUCACUUAUUGGAAUAAUGUUUGCAUUUGGAUCGUACCGUUUUCAAUAUGCUAGUGUUUGGGAUUAUCGUUUUAAUCAUAUACCAUUACCAAGAUUAGAAGCAGAUCUUGGUUUUGAUUAUCAUCUUGAUUAUUUAGAAAAUUCACUGAGUGGUUCAAGGAAAGGUCGAUGGAACGAUGAUAGACACAUUUAUGGAGCACCUUUUGAUGCGAUAGAAACAUUAUCAACUUUACAUUGA